UCCUCUUCGCCGUUAUCAUCGCGGAUCCAUUUGAGAUCGCUCCUCAUUGUUGCCUCCUUUCCUCUCCCCAAUCGGAUUGAUAAGGUGAGAAGGAGGUUCUCUUGGAGUUGGACUGGAUGUCAAAGAGGAUGUUCUAACUUGGCAGCUUAAGUGUGCAAAUGGAGGAUGAUGCCAUUGCUGCAAAGAAAGAGGAAGAGGAAUUCAAUACGGGACCUCUCUCUGUUCUGGCGAUGAGCGUAAAGAAUAACACCCAGGUGCUGAUCAAUUGCCGUAACAACAAGAAACUUCUCGGUCGUGUCAGGGCUUUUGACCGCCACUGCAACAUGGUUCUGGAAAACGUAAGAGAAAUGUGGACUGAGGUUCCAAAAACUGGGAAGGGUAAGAAGAAAGCACUCCCCGUUAACAAGGAUAGAUUCAUCAGUAAGAUGUUUCUUCGAGGGGAUUCAGUUAUCAUUGUUCUCAGGAAUCCUAAAUGAGGACUAGAAUGUAUAUUUCAGAGUAAAAGGAAGCACUUCGUUGAACUUUUUUGAAAUCAGGAGAACCCAACUGAAAAAAAAAUUGUCAUUUGGUGCUGGCAGGGUUAUGGAAGGAGAAUGCAUUAUGUAGUAGGUAUUGGUUUGUAUCUUGGUAGCUAAUGGUUGUAGCUUUGAGCAUACCUUGUAAUACUUCACCGUGGUGACCCUCUGAUCUUUUAACUAGUAUGUUACUUUUGUUAAGUACCAUAUUCUGUGCAUGUUGGACAAUUACUAGAUCGAUAUUUUGCUUC